AUGCUGCGCUGUUUAUUGACAUAGUGCCCGCGGAGCAGUAUGCUAUUCAGGAAGAUGGGAUGAUGAAUACGAGGGUGGAAAAAAUUGGAUCCCACGGAGAUAAGAAAACAGGAAUCGAAGUCUAGUGGAAAUUCCGACUCUGUAAACUUGAGAAACCCAUGCUGAGACUCGAAAACGCUUCUCUACGCGCCAACAAUCGCGUUCUUCCUCAUCGAGAAAAAGUUCCAACCAUUUGCACCACAAGACCCGAAUCUCUACCAAUCUAUGGCAGGUGAGCAUAAGCACGUCCAGAAUGUCGACAAGUUGCAGGGAGAGAAAAGGAAGCUGUCCCGUGCAAUUCCUGUAGAUAUUCCCCUUCCCUGACACCCAGGAAGUGAGGUUACGACACACAACCCGCCCCCAGUUGUAUGUCUUGAUAGCCUCGUCUGCAUCCUUGCGAUCUCCUUUUUGAAAAACGGCCUUUGUCUAUUUGUUUGUUCCCUCUGUAGCCGCGAAAACAAGCACAAGGGGAGACUCCUGGCAUGGGAUGUGUUUCGUUAGACACUCCAAAGAACCAGAAGCUGCCGAAAGAAGCCGAAUACCAGAUCAGCAAACACACCUUCUAACCGGCCGCUGCCGUACUCCUCUACAACCACUAGAACCCCUCAACACGGAGGCCACCUCUGUCUAUAUCUUAUUCAUUCGUUGCAGCUGUCUGACGCAGAACUGGUUUACCGUGUUGCAAAUGCGCAUGUUGUUGCAACGGCUAUUAUUGGUCACGCUCAUGGUAUCGUAAUCUGCGCUGCACGUUCCCGCACCAGUGCGGUUACAAGGGUGCCUGUCUGAAUCGAUGCUCGAUCUCAACAGCCAAGUCUACUGCAGGCGUAUUCAGUUUGUAAAACGUAGGCACUCUUCACUAGCACAAGCACGGCAAUUCCCUUACAAUGCGAUGCUUUUUCACCACGCCGCCACAUCGAAGACGCGCAGUACAUCGCUCCCGUCGUCUGUCUCAUUGCGACGCACACGCCGCAGAUUCUGGCCUCUCACAGACCAAGUUCUCAUCGGAGGUUGGCCACCUCCGCCAUGAAGUGGAAGUGUAGAGUCGCAAUAACGAACAGAAGAUGAUCUGUAACUAUCUAUUUUAUUCAAAGAUUAGAUGUGAAUACUACGCACGGUAUGCCCGGCCACUGCUACGGGUGCGACCAGCGUGUCUCUCGUUGCUCGGUUUCCCGACACUUUCUUGUCGUCUUUUGUUGGUUGCCACAUUCACCGACUUUUCUGUCCUUACCGCUUGGCCUUGGUGAUACAAGUCUUCAUGCCAGCUUCUACUAUGCUCUUCCUCCUUAAAGCAACCCUUUGUAGAAACAGGAGUAAAUGAGUGGUAUCGAAGGCUCGGACAGCGGUGCAAUGAUGCCUUCUUUACAAGUUCUUUCGCUAGUUCGUUGUGACUUGAUACUUUUGCGCAGCAAAACUCAACUCGAUUACAUUUGACGCGUAAUAUCCUUUGUAUGGAUGCUUCCAGCAAGCAGCAGACGUCUUUUUAUCCAGGCCGGGUUCCGCGUGCAAGAACGCGGCAAAACACCCGGGAUACUUAGCCGCUCACUUGAGGCGCUGCUCAACUCGUGCAGCAGCACAUUCAGUAUCCAUGCGUGGAAAUCCGUUCGCCUCUAAAACUGCAACCCAGCUGUCCCCGCUCGGUAUGGUCCAGCGCUUUUCGGAGAUGAGGGCAGCAGGAAGCUUCACCUUCCUGGCCUGGUUUGCUGUGUUCUUAUGGUGCUUCUCCGUCUCCUGUAUUCGGACCGAGGCGAAGAACCUGAAGAUAGAUGUGGUGGACGGAAUCACGAAGACCGACGCUCACGUACCACACUUGGGCGCUGGUGACACAAUUACAGUCAAAUUUAAGCGCCCAGUCGCUGGACGCGAGCGCGACGCAGUUGACUUGCAGUUGGCGGACUGAAGUUGCAGCUGUCAAGGAACGUGUAGGUGUGGUCCUGGAAUAGAUAAACCCAGUCGAACAACGAUCACGAAGGUGAUCCGGUUUUUUCGGUGCAUCUAUAGUUGUCCACAGGAUGGACUGGUGCCUCAAAUCCUUCAUGUGUGUUCCCCGCCCGCGAUUGCAGUGAGAGGGGGUCAGAUCGUCAGGCUUCCAUCGUUCUCUCCAACACGACCUUGCACUGAGUGGGAGGCUGCUUCGAGUUGUCUGCCAAGCUGUGGGCGUUGCCUAUUGUAAUCUCGUCGGAUCUCUGAGCGUUUUUUGGCGCAUCGCCAUACCUCGCAUGUUGAGAGGUGCAAGUGGAAGGGAACUACGCACCUCUGGAGAGGUUUGUUCCUCCGACUGUUCGCGGUGGACUCCCCACACUGACAACUAGGGAAGCCUCCAGUGUCAAUUUUAACAAAAUUGUUGAACUCGCGAGUUACGGAAACGCCACGUACCUUCCCGCUCCGUCUUGGUUGGUAGCUGGGUGCUUCUCAAGAAAGUGGUGCGCUGGUCGGACUAUGUAACGGUCAAAUUUGGAGGAGUAACAAUGCUGCAGCAUUCUGCCCAUCGACUGACUGUUUUGAUGUACCUCAUGAAACUGCCUCAGUUGCCGACGGAUCCAUUCCCCGGUUUC